CUCUGGAAAUAUAAAACGUUAUGCCAGAUCGUCGGUGCAAGUCACACGCUCCCAAACUCUCCAGUCAGCAAGGAAAUUCUACGCGAGAUCAUGAAGUUUCUGCAAGCAGUUGUUGUGGUUGCCGUCCUGUCGGUUGCCUCAACCUACGAAUACGACUUGAGCGCUUUUUGGAACAAGCGAGCAGCGCUAAAGCGUUUCGAAGCAUGCCUCACGACGGACGGCAUGAAGGCGGCGCAGGAUGCACUGCAGCGAGCCAUCGUUGCUUGUGACAGCGCCUCGCACGACGAGCAGCCUGUGGCGUCGGUCGAAACCGCCAACUGGAAUAAAAUCUUGAGUGAAUUCUCGCCAGGCCGCUACUUCCGUCUGAAUAAUGACGAGAGGAUACAAAACAUCAAAGCUAAAAUGUCCUCUCAAGUAAAGAGGUUCCGCUGUAUCGUGCAGCACAUAGGAGUGACGGACGCUGACAACAAAAUCGCGGCCGACGUUGUGGCGCAGCAAUACGAAGCGCUAGACCUGCCACCCGUUCUCCUCAAUGACCUCCUCCUCGGCGUCAACCAGUGCUUCAAGAUGGCCGAAUGUAUGCCAGUAAGCGACCGCAUAAACGCCCCUGUGCCAGCUGAUGUCCUCCGCACGCGAACCUUCCUAGACUGCGAGCGCUACGCUCGCGACUGGGCGUGCCUCAAAAAUGAACUCAGCGCUGAUGUGGCAGCCGGAAAAUUUGAUUUCUCAGGCGCCGAGGGAACUUUGGACUUUCUUCCUGACGACGAAGCUCGAGCCGCAGCGAUCGUCAUCGCUGAUGAAUGGGAAGGAGGAGAUGACUACGGACUUUUAGAGUAAAGCUCUCUAAUGUUUCUUCUACGUUUCUUCUGAAACAUUAAGGGUAUAUAAAAUAAAAAUAAUCAACAAUUUGGAGAAUGUAAGAACGAAUAAAAUCAUGAGGGAGGAGAUGACUACGGACUUUUAGAGUAAAGCUCUCUAAUGUUUCUUCUACGUUUCUUCUGAAACAGUAAGGCCUAAGGGUAUAUAAAAUAAAAAUAAUCAACAAUUUGGAGAAUGUAAGAACGAAUAAAAUCCUGACAAGUGAUAAACUACAUUCGCAGAAAUAGUCGGAAUUAUGCCCAACAACAAAUUCCAUGUUUACGUUUUUCACAUUCUUCUUCGAUAAACUGCUGACAUUAAAUGAAAAAAAUACAACGGAUUCAAACAUU